CGGGCGCUGCCACUCCCGAGGAGGCCUCCGGAUUUCCCCCGUUGAUCGGCCCGGACCAGGCCCACAAGACCGGCCGGCCCCCGGGCCGGCGCGAUGACCACGGCGGCCCUCCUGUCCGUGGCGCGGGGCGGAGGGAGCCAGGCCCGCCGGCGAGCCCUGCUGGCCUCCCGCCUGCCGCCCGCCCCGGCCCCCGGCCCCCGCUGGGGCUCCACGUCGCGGCGCCGCCCGGCCUCCGGGCCCCCGGACCCGCCCCCGGCCCGGCCCUCGGCCGCCUGGGACGCCUUUGGGGCCUGGGACAACCGCCUGGACGAGCCCAUCCUGCUGCCGCCCAGCAUCCACUACGGCCACCCCAUCCCCAGCCUCAGCCUGCGCAACGUGGGCUGCGCCAGCCAGAUCGGCAAGCGGCGGGAGAACGAGGACCGCUACGGACGGGCCCGCCUCGGCGACCGCCUCCUCUACUUCGCCGUCUACGACGGGCACGGGGGCCCCGCCGCCGCCGACUUCUGCAACACUCACAUGGAGAAGCACAUCCUGGACUUCCUGGCUAAAGACGAGGACCUGGAAGCGGCGCUGACCAGGGCGUUUCUGGACAUCGACCGAGCGUUUGCCCAGAGCACUCGGCUGGCAGCGGACGGUGCCGGGCAGACUUCGGGCACGACGGCGACGGUGGCCCUGCUGCGGGACGGCAUCGAGCUGGUGGUGGGCAGCGUCGGGGACAGCCGCGCCCUCCUCUGCCGCGCCGGGAAGCCCCUCAAGCUGACCACCGACCACACCCCCGAGAGGAAGGACGAGAAGGCCAGGAUCAAGAGGAGCGGCGGGUUCGUGGCCUGGAACAGCCUGGGGCAGCCCCUGGUCAACGGCCGGCUGGCCAUGACCCGCAGCAUCGGAGACCUCGACCUCAAGGCCAGCGGGGUCAUCGCCGAGCCCGAAACUAAACGGAUCAUGCUGAAUCACGGCGACGACGGGUUCCUGGUGCUGACCACCGACGGCAUCAACUUCACCGUCAACAGCCAGGAGAUCUGCGACUGCGUCAGCCAGGCCCCCAGCCCCGCCGACGCCGCCCGCGUCCUCACCGACCAGGCCAUCCAGUUUGGCGCGGAGGACAACAGCACGGCCGUGGUGGUUCCCUUCGGGGCCUGGGGCAAGUACAAGGCCUCCGACGUGGGCUUCUCCUUCAGCCGCGGCUUCGCUUCCAGAGGACGCUGGGCCUGACGCCCCGGACCCUCGCCCCGAUAAAGGGGGCCCUCCGCAUCCCGGCCUCCUCCGCCUCUCCCUCCGCCCGGUCGGGAGGCGUUCAGCUCGGUGGGAACCCGUGGCUUUCCCCGGGGGGGGCGGCGGGCGGUCCGGCCGGGGGGCCCCCCAAACUUCCAGAAGCCCCCCGUGGCCGGUGCCGGGGGGCGGGAGGAGGCUGGGGGAUGCUCAGCCUGACCUCUGACCUCCCUUGGGCCAACUGACGGGACCCCCGCCGCGCUGCGUAGUAUUUAAACAAAGUGUGUACAUUUCUACGUCACGCGAAAGAGGACAGCACUGCCCUGAGCUAUAGCUCUUUCCCUUGGCUAGGCCCGUCCAUAAAAUAUCCCCCUCCCACUCGCACCCCCCGCUCCCUUGGAGGACGGCCUGCGGGGACGGGGGUCCUGGGAGCGAGACGCCCCCGAGGCCGAAACCUCCUCACGCCGGCGAUUCAGAAUCGAUAGAUCAGUCAUACGUACGUGUGCACAGCACUGUACUGAACGAUAAACAGGUGCCUUCCCUGCCCACGACAAGCUGACAGCCUAGAG